CCCGUGGGAGAAAGAGAGAGCACCGAGAGAGAAAAGAAGAGGUGAAGAUCUUUGUCCUGCGGCACUGCAGUUACACUCACUAUCGGAAUAGCGUUCAUUAGAGGCUGAAUGAUGGAGGUUCCUCGCGUGGGGGACAGCGUUAUUAGCCCCACGAGCCCGUGUGAGGACAUGAUGAAGAAUCUUAGUUUGGAUGCAAUCCAGCUUUGUAAGGGAGAAGGAAAUAAGUCCCUCGACAGUGGCAUCGCAGAGAUGGAGGAACUUCCUGUUCCCCAGAACAUCAAAAUCAGCAACAUCACGUGCGACUCCUUUAAGAUCUGCUGGGACAUGGACUCCAGAGCAAAGGAGCGCAUCACACACUACUUUAUUGACCUCAACAAGAAAGAAAACAAGAAUGCCAACAAGUUCAAACACAAGGACGUUCCAACUAAGCUGGUAGCAAAAGCAGUUCCUCUACCUAUGACAGUUCGAGGACACUGGUUCCUGAGUCCGCGCACUGAGUACACGGUGGCCGUUCAGACCGCAUCCAAACAGGGUGAUGGAGACUACGCCGUGUCAGAAUGGAGUGAGAUCAUUGAAUUCUGUACAGCCGAUUAUUCCACUGUCCAUCUCACACAGUUGUUGGAGAAAGCUGAGGUCAUCUCUGGCAGAAUGCUGCGGUUUUCUGUCUUUUACCGAAACCAGCAAAAAGAGUAUUUUGACCAUGCAAGGGAGUCGCAAAACAACAAGAUGUUGCCGUCAGUAAAGGACAACAGCGGCAGCCACGGCUCGCCCAUCAGUGGGAAGCUAGAGGGCAUUUUCUUCAGCUGCAAUACUGAAUUCAACACAGGCAAACCCCCACAGGACUCACCAUAUGGCCGCUACCGCUUCCAGCUAGUAGCCGAAACGCUCUUCAACCCCGAGACAAACCUGUAUUUUGCCGACUUCUACUGCAUGUAUACGGCCUAUCACUACGUCAUUCUGGUGAUCGCUCCGAAGGGCUCGGCAGGAGAUGAAUUCUGCAAACAGCGUCUUCCGGCACUGGAUAUCAGCAACAACCGCUUUCUGACCUGCACAGAGGGUGAAGGCAGACAGCUGGUGUUCCACCAUGCCCAGGACGUUAUCCUGGAGGUGAUCUACACCGAUCCAGUGGAUCUGAGCCUGGGAACGGUAGCUGAGAUCAGCGGUCAUCAGCUCAUGAGCAUGUCAACAGUCAAUGCCAAGAAAGACCCAAGCUGCAAGACCUGUAACAUCAGUGUGGGACGUUAACUCUUCAACCGGACCCUUCUGCUGCCUUGAACAGCUGCCUUCUCCUGUCGCCGUCCCAUCAUCCUCCUGUUGAACUUACCAAUAAUUUCCUUAUGAUGUCUUAAAGGCUUUGUUCAGACAGCCAGAAAAAUCCCAUUUUUGUCAUAUGUGACUCAAAUCUGUCAGGUUGUUUGCAGUGUGAACAGCAAAACAUACUUAAAAUCUGAUGUUUUUCUAACCGAUCCAAAUCCACAGGAAUAGUUUUGGUUCCCUCACAAUACCUUUAUCCAUCCCUUAUGAAAAUGUACCAUGGUUUACUAUAUAAUUUACUAUAGUUCAUCUAUGCUAUUUGUAGUAAAAACAUAACCACAAAGUUUACAUUGGUUUUCCUACAGUAACCAUUAUAAUGGUUAAAAUGAAUAUAUAUAUAUAUAUAUAUAUAUA